GCUCGUGCGCAAAUUAGACCGCGUUAAAAUAUGUUGAAAAUUCAGCAGUGGGUCUUAGUUACUUUGUAGUCUAAAUGGUUUGGCUGAAAUGGCGGCUCCGAGCUGGAACAGGGGUCUAGCCGGGGAAGCCCCCCCUCCGCUUUUCCGUACCCCUACCACCAGGCUCCAGUGCAGACAUGCAUGGGGCCCCCCUAUCUGUGUGUGAAACCGGAGAAAGGGGCCACUGUGGCUGUAAUGCAGACGGGCUGGGGUGAAGGGGAGAGAGAGAGGGCAGUGACCCCGUUAUUCUUUAACGCCCCCCCCUUAACGAUCGAUUGCAAUCAGGCUCCAGUUGCUGAAUGGGCUGCAAGGUGUGUCUCUCCCAGCCACUCUCUGGAUGCAUCCAGCUCCUCUGCCCCCGGGCCCUGGACCCGGUGUGUGACCCCGCCGUCCUCCCCUUUGUCCCCCUCCGCGACCGGCGCCUUCCCGCCGCCCGUCCUUUGCCCAGAGGCGGCGGACCGUGGCGCCAUGGUGGCCUCUCGUCGGCGCGAGCCCCUCGCCAUGAGCGGCGGGACCCCCUCGGAGGGACGGGCCCCGCAGUCCGACUGCACCCCGCAUCACUUCAAGCCAUUCAGCUCACAUGCACACUACCAGCAGGUGAUGCGCGCAUUGGGUAAGCUCCAGGAGAGCGGCUUCUACUGGGGCGCGGUGGGGGGCCGCGAGGCCAGCUCCCUGCUCCGCUCAGAGCCCCCCGGGACCUUCCUGAUUCGGGACUCGUCGGACAACCGCCACUUCUUCACGCUGUCGGUGCAGACGGCACUCGGCACUAAGAACCUGCGGGUCCACAGCGAAAGCAGCGGCUUUUUCCUGCAGCCCGACGCACAGUGCACUCAGGAGCCGCCGCGCUUUGACUGCGUGCUCAAGCUCAUCGCGCACUACAUGGGGAAAGGCCCCGCCGGCCACGCCGCCGAACCCGGCUCCAGCCGCACCGUUUAUCUGAUUCACACUGGCGGCGAGCGGAUCCCGCUGGAGUUGCAGCGGCCCCUCCUCAACUCUCUCUCGUCCCUGCAGCACAUAUGCAGGAGGACCCUGAACAACCAGGGCCUGGGCGGGGCCGAGCGGUUGCCACACACGCUCAAAGACUUCCUGGAGGAGUACGACGCCCCCAUAUGAGCUAGCAGACGCUAGGCUCGGACCAGUUCUCGGCGGUGGACGUGACAGAGAGAAGAGGUAAAUGGUCAACCUUCUCCCAAUGACUGACUUAGACGCCGAGCAAAGCCUCAUAGAAGACUAAACAAGAAGAAAUGUACACAUGUUCACAUGGGACCAAACUCUACUUUUUUUCUCUUUAAUCCAAAACCGGCUGCAAAAAUCCACCAUCAUCUUGCAGAUGGAGAAACCAGAAAACUAGCAAAUGGGAUUAAGAAGUCGUCGAGGCAUAGUCGUACAAAGAAAAGACACCUUGCGCUUCGAGGAAAUGACAGGCAGAUGCCCCAGAGUCAAAAUGGCGUCGAGUCUUAAGAUGUUUUUUUUGUUUGUAGUUCUCAUCUUAUAAAACACGUGUGUCCAGGCUUCUACAAAUGGAGAUAAGGAAGGUCCUUGGUUUACGACACAGUUCCGUUUUUAUGACAGUGAUGUAACGUGAAUUCACCAUUUGCAAUGCGCCAAAUCACUAGUGUAGUAAAGCCAGAAUUACUGUUUGCAAAAACACAGUCCAACGUCUAGCAGUAACUGAGCGUGCCUUUUUAUUUGGCCUGACGAGAUUCUUAUAGCGUAGCACAAAUUGGAUCUUUCAUUGCGUGCCAUUUGAAUCCUUUUUUUAUUUUUAUGUCAGGACCAUCGUAAACCAAGGAAUUAUAGGAAAUCAGAUGUCAAAAUGUCUUACUUUGCAGUACCACCAGAAACUAUGGGGGGGGCAGUGUUGAAAUUAGAAUAAUUUGCCGAAAGGUAGUUUCUAAGAGCCCAUCACGAUGCAAUUUAAAAUAACAUAAUUGCGAUACUUGGCCGACAAUAACAUCACGAUUCGGCUCUAAUUAAUAUCCAGGGUGUCUUGAGUUUAGAGCGACUCAAGCCAAAUUUUUACGCCAUCGCUAACCUAUGCUAGCACAGUAGUGGCUAUCACAAUUAAAUACGGUAGUAACUGAGCGUGCCUUCAUGUGACCACAUAUUCUAAUGAGUUUAUCGCAUGCCAUUUGAAGCCUCGUAUAUCGGGACAUUCGUAAACCGAGGACCUCUUCGGCAGGUCUUGGCCCUGUCUCCAGACUGACUGAUUGACACAUUGCGAGAUUAAUUGCGACAGUUGUUAUUUCAAUAGAAAAGCAACCCAGUAGAAAACAGUUUAAAAAAAAAACAAAAAAAACUUAUGAUUUAGUUGCAUGCUUUGAAUGGGGUAAAAAAGUAGCGCCAUCUGGUGGACAAACUUGAAAGCCAAUACAGGGGCAUCCUUAAUUUACAAAAGUUUUGUUCAUACAUCACAGAUGUAACCCGAGUUUAUGCAGAGUCAUAAUUUCAGAAAACGAUUGUCUGACAAACACAUUUAGCUCAUAAAUAUAAAUCAAUGCAAAGAAAAGCAGGCACCUUGAGACCUUAUAUUUUGGGACCGUUAUAAAUCAAGGGACCCCUGUACGUGCUUUUCAAAUGAUGAUAUAUAAAUAUAGCUAUAUAUACACGUACAUACAUAGAUGCAUGAGUGCUGCCCCACGAGGUCCGCGCACUUAUUUAGUGUCCGUAUCAUUAAUUCAUCAAAGGCGAGCAUUGAUUAGUUGAUUUAAUACGGCGCAGUUGUUAAAAGACUGUAUAAAAUAUUAAUAAUGAACCCAGACGCAUGCUUUUCACACAAAGUAUGAGUAGGAACCGGUUACUUUGUUCAUUAUUACUCCCCACAUUUCAAAGAUCAGCAGUAAAAAGUUUUUUUUUAUUCUCUUUGACACAUGACGGUCACCAAAUUAAAGGUGCAAUUACGACUCAGUCACAUGCCUGAAAGCUCAAGUUUUUUGAGCCCUGGUGGAAAUGUAUGAAUCGAUGGGGUCUCCUAACAUGACCCUGCUAAUGCCUGCUAGAAAGUUAGUCAAAUUUGGCCCCGGACACCGGUUUCACUGAUCGACCUAAAAUAUAGCAGACAAGUCUAACAUAACAGGACGCACAUAAAAGUCUCACGGGCCGUUUUGGUUCAAAGCAGCCAAUCCUAUUGUGACAGCGGGAGAGCAAAGUGUGUAUUUUUUGUUUUCAUCCCACUCAAACCUCUCGGCAGCACGUCUACCCCUCUCCUUCAAAAAAGGGAUUUCUUUUUUACUUAUUUUAACAGUCAUCUUUGCCAAAAAAAAAAAAGCAAAAAAAUAUUUCUUGGAACGGCGCGAGCUAACCUGUGACCUAUUCAGCAGCGGAGGCUCUCUGCUGCCGUCCCAAACACUAAAAACAAAAUAAGAAAAGUCACACAUUUGUGCCGGUGGACCUGUCUGUCAACGUCACGCCAUGUGUAUGUAUGUAAAAUUAUUUUGUCUUUUAUAAAGACUCUACUUAACCGCAGCAGGCUGGUGGCCACUUAGUGUGGCACAACACAAGCUGUAAUCUCUCAACAACAAAAACAAAGCAAGAAGAAUAAAUAACAAACAAAAAAAUGGAACGUUGCACAUAUUUAUAUUUCUAAAAUAUUUCAAUAAUUUAUAUUAAAGAGCACUAUUUUUACAAAAGCCAA